AUGCUAAAGAUAUCCACGUACAAAGAGCCUGCUGUUGGUAAUUUCAUUCUUGAGAUGUCUGACGUUCCGAAAUGGUAUAAUCUGUACUCUGGCAAAGCCAGAUAUCUUCAUAUUAAGAGGAAGAUAGUUUUAUGCAUGCGCAACAAAUACGUUAAGUGCAACAUGAGACCGUUAAAGACAGCUAAGACAAGACAUGUGCACUUGCGACCAACAACAUUGAAAUUAUCGUACGACACAGAAAAAGACGAGUUACAAUUGCCUCAGUGUGUGAUAUGUUUGAAAGUUUUAAGUAAUGAUAGCGAGAAGCCCAUUCGCCUUGAAAGGCAUUUGAAGCAACAACCUCCUACUCUGGUUUUGAAGACGAAAGAGUUUUUUUCUUCUAAAGCAGAAUCACUCAAGCGGAUAAGGCUGGAUAAAUCGGGAGGUUAUCACACAGGUGUAUCGCAGCAUCUCAAAGCUUCAUUUGAAAUAGCUUUUACGAUAGCAAAGCAAAAGAAACCUCAUACUAUCGGUGAAGAAUUGAUAAAACCAUGUGUCCUAACAGCCACGCAAGAUAAUUUUAGAAGAAGGUUCAGAGGAAAAAAUGAAGUCGAUUUCUCUUUCUAA